AUGGAAAUUUUCACAUUUGAUAAUUGUGAUCAUUCAAAAGAAUUCUAGUUAUUAGUUUAAUAUUAUUCUGUAUUUGAUGAAGAUAUGGAAUCAUAAAACAGAAGUAAAUCAAUUGUUGAUUUGUUGGAUGCAGGUUUAGAGAUUUAAGAAAAAUUUCGAAAUAAAGUAAAAUAAGAAAAAUAAAGUAUUUUUUUGUUUAAUUUUAUAGCUUAGAAAAAUUUUAAAACUCCUUUAGAUUUCCUUAGAGAUACUUUAAAAAACAAAUUAGAUAAUACUCUAUCUUUUUAACAGUUGUUGAUAUUUUCUAAUCCAUAAAUAAUAAAAAACUUUGGUAAACCGAAAGUAAUUCAUCAUAAUGGAGAUUUUUUAUUGGUAGGAGGAUCUUUAGGGAAUAUUUUAUAUUAUUCUUAAUAAUAGACAGAUAUUAUUAUUUAAUAAUAGAAAAUAGGAGCAGUAACAGCUUUAGAUUCAUUAAAUGAUUUAGUAGGAGUUGGUUAUGAGAGUGGAUGGAUUAGUAUAAUAGAUAUGAAAAAAAAGAAGCAUUUGUGUAGUUGUUAAAAUAUUACAAAAUCAAAAAUAAUAGUUAUGAAGUUCAUGUUUUAAUCUAAGAAAUUUUAUAAUGUAAUAACUUCUGAUGAUACAGGAGUAAUAAGAAUAGUGAAUUUUCGGAAAGGAAUGUUUGGAUUUGAUUAUGAAAUAUAAUUAACAAUUCCACGAUAAUAAUAUCCAAUGGUAAAUAUAAUAGUAUUUAAUAAAAAUGAGUCAAAGGAAUUCAUGGGUGAUUUAUAUGAAAAAUCAAGUAGAAUAAUAGGAUUCUGUUCUUUGAGUAGAUUUUACCUCAUAAUAGUUUAUAAGGAUGAUGAGAAGAAAUUGAAGUCAAUAAUAGAGAUUGACAAUCCACAUAUAUCAUCUCCAGAGAAACCUUUUUAUUGUUAUAUUUCUCAUGGGUAUGGUAUUUUACCACCACCAAAUUAAGAUUAAGAGGAGAAUUGGAAAGAUAAAAGAUUGAUAAUUUUAUUAUGUUGGAAUUGUCAUAUGUAUUUUUUGAUCAGAAGUAAUGAUUAAGCAAGAUAUAUGACAUUAAAACCAUUGAUAUUUAAAUAAUAGAUACAUGCAGCUUAUUUUGUUGAGUAAUCAAUUAUAGAAGUGAUCACUGCGAAUCAAAAUAUUUAUUUAUUUAAUACAGUACAUUUAGAAUUGCAAAUAGUGCCAAAGGGAAUAGAAUAAAUACCAUAUUUUAUUUAAAAAAAGAAUUGGCCUGAUUCUCCAUUCACCUCUCUCUAUUAAGUAGAAGUAUUAAACAAAGAUGAAGGAGUUGGAUUUAAAUAAUAUCCUCUAUAAUAUUAGAUAUAUGCAUUAAACAAAUAAACAAGAUAAAUUCAUAUUUUAGUUGAAGGAUCUAUUGUAAUUGGAAGUAUUAAUAAUUUAGAAUAAUCUAUUGAUAUUUUUAUUUCAAAUAAAGAUUGGGCUAAAGGUAUGCUUUUAAUUCUUGCUUUGAUGGAUGGAAGUAUGAAAUCUACUCCAAUAAAAUUUAAUACAUAGGUUUUAAAAAGAAAAGUAUUGGAAAUAGCCACACAUUAUAUCAAAGUAGUUUUAGAUGAAAUUAGAUCCACUUUAGAUAAACAUAAAACUCUAAUUUAUACACCUAGUUCUUUAUAUGGACAUUAAUAAGAUGUAGAAAAAGUUAAGACUCUACUUUCUAUGUUGGUUGAUUUCCUUCUUAGAGUUUCAAGUGAUAUCUUAUUCAAUUAAAUAUAUUCUAUAAUAAAGAAAUUUCUAAAUGGAGAUAUUAGUUUGAUUUGCAAUGAAUUAAGUUUAUAUCUCAAAAAUGGAAAGGUUAAAGUAAUUGAUGCAAAUGAAUAAACUAUAAGUAACAUAUCUAUUAUUAAUAAGAUUAGAUGAAAUAUUGCAAUACUAUAUUCGUUUGGGAGAUCAAUAAUGUAUAGAUUCUUUUAUUUCUAAAAUUGAUUAUUCCAAAAUUAAUACUGAAUAAUUGAUUUAACUCUGUCUUGUCAAUAAACUAACAACAAGUUUAAGUUAUGUAUGUACAAGAUCUGGAGACUUUCUUACUCCUUUAGCUAAACUAUGGGGAAUUAUAUAAUCAGAUAUUAAAAAGAAGGAUCCAUAAAUUGUCAUUGAACAAGGAAAAAGCAUUAUUCUAUAUUUAGAAUAAACUUUACAUAUUGAACAAUUAGUUAAAGAAAAGUCUGAUUAAAUAUCCUUAUGGUUAUUUGAAGUUCAAACAUUGUUUUUAUUAAUGAGUAUAGAUUUUGGUGGAUGUGUUUAAUUAUGUUAUAAAUUCUUUAUAUCACCUUAUGAUUAGUUUUUAGAAAAAGAAAGGUUAAAAAAAUAUUACAAUAACAUGACUUAAGCUUUUUAAAAGUUAAAAACUAUUAAAGAUUAAAAUGAUUUGAAAUAUCAAUUGAUUUAAUUAUAAAUUAAAACCUUACCUGAUGCAAUUGCAUGGGAUAAAAUGAUUAAUUAAGUUGGAAGAUCUAUUUAAGCUAGCAUUUUGAGUAAAGAUUACACAGAAUAAUUACAAAUCAAAUAAUUAACUGAAUUAUUCUUAGAUUUAGUCAGUGAACAUAGACAUUUGAUAUUUUUACCUCUUUAGUGUUUACCAUUGCCUAAUAUAUUACAUAAUGAUGAACCAACUCUUAAAUAUUGCUUAAUUUAUGCUUACAACUAAUUUAUAAUCAAUUUAUUUAAGAAAUAUCCAGCUGUUGAUAAAGAAGAUGUUUUAAAUUCUAUGGCAUCUGAUGGAUAAUUUGAUUGGGUUAAAAUGUAUUUAAAUGAAGAACUUAAAAACUAUGGAAGAGCACUAGAUUUCAGAAUUAAAAUUAAGAAUUAAUUAUAAAAUUUAAAUAUCUAAGUCAAAUUUGAAAUCUUCAAAUGGAUUUCUAAAGUUUUAUCUCAAGAUCCUCCCAUUCCAUCUAUUGAAUCUUUUCGUGAUAGAAUCUUAAAUCAUAUUGGAUCAUUGGUAUCAUUUAGUGCGAUUCACACUAGAUCAUUGAUCUCAAAGUAUUUUCAAGCUAAUGAUAUCAGUAUCCUUAAUAAAAUGGGAGAAUUGCCUAAAUUAUAAUUAGAAUAUCUAGAAUAAAUCAUGUAAGUUGAUAGAAAAUAAUAUUAAUCAAAUACAGAUUUAUUAAAAUUAUAUAUAAAGUUACUUUGUUAAAUAAAACCUGAGAAAGUUCUAAAAGAACUAUAAGAAUAAGAAUAUCCCUUAGAUGAUAUAAUAGGAGUAUUAAGAUAAUAUCCAGUGCCUGAUGCUUUGGUUUAUUUACUCGAAAGAUCAGGAGCCAUAACAGAAGCAAUCUGUGUUAAAUUAGAUGAUUUUAUUCACAAAAUUCAAUAGAAAGCAUUCUUGAGUAAAGUAUUUAUAAAUUUAAAAUAUUUAGAGUGAAUUUUAUUGUUAUUUUUUGGAGAUUUGCAACAUCUGUCUUAGAAAUAAAAAAUUAGAUGAGUUGGAUGAAUCAUGGGAUAUGGUGACUUAGUGCAUUUUAGAACUCUCUUAAAACAGAUAUACCCCAUAACCCUAUACAUCUUAUUUAGAGGAAUAUAUUCCUUUAUUAUUAAAGAAAUGGGCAGAAUGCAGUCAUUUAGAUGCAUUUCUUCAUAAAAUAACAACAAAAUACAUGAGAUUAAGUUCAUCUAAGCUUAAGAUGACAUUCUUGUCUAUGUAUACACACAUUAACUUCUCAACAACAGUAUAUACUAAAUUAGUAGAUAUUAAUUUUAUUAAAUGCAUUUAAAUAAUGAGAGGAAUAGUUUAAUUCUCACUUAGAGGGUAAGGUUAUUUACCAGGUUGUUAUUCCUGUCAUAAUUAUUAUGAGUAAGAUUAAGAAGUUCAACCAAUAAUCAUUUUAGCUUGUGGUCAUACUUUUCAUUUAAAUUGUCUUAAUCUAGAUGAAAGGGCUUAUUAUCAUUGUCCAGUUUGUUUAAAAAGUCCAAAAAUAGCUAUUGUUCAUUUACUCCAUUAAUUGAAAUCAAAAAAGUAUUUGCUAAAGGCUGAUAACUAAUAAGAAACAUAAAAUCUAAAGAAUUAAAACCCUUUGGCUGUCAGUAUCAUUAAGCAAGGGUAAAAGAAAUAGGCAGAAAUUGACUAAAAUGCUAAAUUCAUCCAAAAGGAAAGUUAAGAAUUUAUCAGAAGAUAAAAAUAAAUGGAAAAGUUAAAAAAAUUUGAAUAAUUAAAAUGUGAUAGUUUGAAUAAGAUUUGUCAAGGUGUUAUGCCAUAUUGAAAAUAAAAUCUAUGUAAUUUUAAUUAGUUUUGAAUUAACAUACAGAAUAUGUUUGCUAUAUAUAAUUAAUUUUGAAUUUUAUGAAUUUAACAUUUAAAAAAAUAAGGCCGUAAACAACGGUUUCUAAGAUUUGAAAUUCCUCUCAUCAUUAAUUGAUAUUUUAAUUAUUUCAAUAAAUAUUUCCUAUUAUGAGCAAGAAGAGAAAGCAAGACCAAAAACUUAAGCUAGAUAGAGAAAAAUGAUUAUUUUGAAUAAUUCAACAUUAGACACUUAUGAUUCUACAGAAAAUUUAAUUGAUUGUUUAUGUCCUUCUAUAUAGUAGGAUGCUAAAUUCGUUUUCAUAAAAACCAGAGAACAAGCUUUGAGACAACCAUUUUCAGUUUAAAGAAGAAAAAAAUUGGAUGAAAAACCUAAAUAUUAACUCAAUGCCAAAAAGAAAACCAUCAUAAUUAAAGAAAUUACAGAAUAACCUGUUCCAUUUAAAAAAACUAUCGAAUAAAAGAUUGAUCAUUCAUUUUACAUUGUCAAGUAAAUGCAUAUAAAUAUUUAGUUCUUUUAACAUGCUUAAAACAAUGAGAUAAGAUAAAAUGAAAUUAUUUAAGUGCAAUUUUAAUUGA